GGAUUAUAUCGGUAAAGUAGAUUGUUGCAUCUUUCUUUUCGUUGGAAGAAGUUGUGGCGGACACGUUUUGGCACAUAAAACGCCACAAUGCAAAUUUUCGUGAAAACCCUCACGGGGAAAACUAUCACGCUAGAGGUCGAACCAUCUGAUACUAUCGAAAAUGUGAAAGCUAAAAUCCAAGACAAAGAGGGGAUUCCUCCAGAUCAGCAACGUCUGAUCUUCGCUGGUAAACAACUUGAAGAUGGACGUACAUUGUCUGACUACAACAUCCAGAAGGAGUCUACCCUUCACUUGGUAUUGCGUUUGAGAGGUGGUAUUAUCGAACCUUCCCUUAGAAUCCUGUCUCAGAAAUACAAUUGUGACAAAAUGAUUUGUCGCAAGUGUUACGCUAGACUUCAUCCCAGAGCUACAAAUUGUCGCAAGAAGAAAUGUGGACAUACAAAUAACCUUCGCCCCAAGAAGAAGCUGAAGUAGAUUAAGUUUAAUUUUUUGAGAAAUAUGUUUCAUACAUAUAAAUAA